UUUCUCCGUUACUAAUUCGCCUUCUUCCUUCCCCCAAUGUAUGUAAUUGCCGAUCUCGGUUUACUACAAUUGCUCAUUCGCUGUACCGGACCGGACCGGACCGGUUCAGGCUUAUUAGUACUACUACUGUAUGUUUUAAUUAGUAGAGAGAACAGAGAAGUAACUAGAGAUCGAAAUCGAAGAGAGAGAGAGUUGAUGGAGGCAGAUAUAGUGGUGUCUUCGCGUCUGAGCUUCAAGAAGAUGCAAUCCUCAGAAAAGUACCCGAAAGGCCAAUCUACGCGAAGGUGGAAACACCUCAAGCAGAUUCUUCAAGCUGACAAUUGUCCUCCCGACCUUCCCAAUUAUGUUAACAUUGAGUCGCCUCCAUCCACUCAACCCUGCAAGCGAAUUUGCGAUGUUACUGGAUUUGAGGCACCGUAUGCUGACCCAAGAACAAAUCUCCGUUAUGCUAAUGCCCAUGUUUUCAAGACUCUCCGGUCUCUUUCUCCCGACCAAGUCCACCAGUAUCUCUCCAUCCGCAAUGCUGCUGUUGUUCUCAAGUAGCACCAUUAUCCUCCUCUUUAUGUAGUUGUGAUCUUUUUAUAUGAAAUACUAUUAUAUAACUCAAAGACUAGUUUUGAUUUCCCUUUUGUUUGAGUACUAUUAAUUAAAACAGACCACACACAUUGGGUUUGGGUACAUCUUCUUGUA